AUGAGCGCUUUCCAAGUCUGGAGGGACUAUUUGCAGCUGGCCCAAGUGGUCUCGGAGCUAGGCAAGCAGCAGCCCGGGCAGGAGGCCCCCAGCCCCCAGGAACAGGAGCCGCAGGGCGAGCCCGCCCUGGCCCAGAGCGCCUCGGAGGAGCAGAUCUGUUCUUUUUGCAAGCACAACGGAGAAUCCCGGGGCAUCUACGCCUCGCACGGCCUCAAGGACCGGCAGGGGCGGGUGCAGUGCCCCAUCCUCCGGCAGUACACCUGCCCGCAGUGCGGCGCGUCCGGCGACACGGCCCACACCAAGCGCUUCUGCCCCUUGACCAAGAAGGGCUACACCUCCGUCUAUGGCAGCAGCCGGAGGAAUUCCGCAGGGAGGGUGAGACGAAAGGUAAGCGGCCGUCUGGAGAGCGAGAGAGGCAGGGAGGGCGCGGUAGAGACCCUCUCCAAAACUUUUGCUUGUCUUCUCCCCGCAGCUUUAACACUUUCAGACCGAUACUCCGGCUCUUCCUUCGCCGAGCGGUAA